UGGCAUUAACUUCUUCCCUCCAUUCCUCCUUGUAGUUAUCAAAUUCCUGGAAGUCUACGAACGCAGCUUCUGCAGGACAAUUGAGACCCUGGUGGACAUUUUCCAGGAGUACCCCGAUGAGGUGGAGUACAUAUUCAAGCCAUCCUGUGUACCUCUGAUGAGAUGUGCAGGUUGCUGCGGCGAUGAGGGCCUAGAGUGUGUCCCUGUGGAUGUGUACAACGUCACGAUGGAGAUCAUGAGAAUUAAACCCCAUCAGAGUCAGCACAUAUCGCAUAUGAGCUUCUUACAGCACAGUAAAUGUGACUGCAGACCAAAGAAAGAUGUCAAAAAUAAACAAGAAAAGUGGGCACAGAAACCCAGAUCUGACGGUCCUUCCUUCAUACCCCAGACCUGGAGCUUGCAUGACCCACGACCAUGGCAGUCAUUCCUAAUGCUUUACCCCGAGUCAGGGAAGUCCCGUCGUGUGUGUCCUACCAGAAUGGAUUCAAGAAAAUCAAAGCGAGGAAAGGGGAAGGGUCAAAAGAGAAAGCGCAAGAAAGGCCGGUACAAACCACCCAGCUUUCACUGUGAGCCUUGCUCAGAAAGGAGAAAGCACUUGUUUGUACAAGAUCCCCAGACCUGUAAAUGUUCCUGCAAAUUCACAGACUCACGUUGCAAGUCGAGGCAGCUUGAGUUAAACGAGCGCACUUGCAGAUGUGAAAAACCGAGACGGUGAGCAGCCGAAAAGAAGGGGGAACAGCCCUGUUUCUGGAGCCUGAUUUCUCGCCUGGGCAGAAAA